AUGACUUCGUCACCGCGACGAACGUUCAUACUAUUCUAUGCAAAAGAUGGAAGUUCCAUGUUGAAAUCGCAGAAUAUGGACGAACUAUUACGUAUUGAUGCCAUAUUAAGGAAACAAAUUGAAUUGAUCGAUGAAAGAAGCGGAGAGAAGAUUUGUGAACCGUUAUGUCGCAUCAAUAGACCAUUUUUCAUUUUUUGGGAUGAACUCAAAAAAGCACAGAGCAACAUCAUCGGGAAUGAAUCGGAUUCAGAUUUUGUUUUCGACUUUCCAACAGCCAUCCUUUUCGGACAUGAAGUUUUCGUUGGAAUGAAUAUGUUCGGAGUGCGUACUGCAGAUGAAAUGUUCGCGAAUCGCUCGACCAUCACGCAUGUGACGACAGUGGUUCUCUGGUACUUCUCGCAAGAAAGUAAUCCUCGAAUCAAGGGAAUCAUCGAUGAGACUGCGCUGGAGAUGUUCGAGAUGAGUAAGGCCCGUAACGCAUCUUCACUGAUACAGUUCGAUAUAUUCGGCGAUCAUAUUGCCAAUAAAGAAAUGCUGCGCGGUGCAUUGGAGGCGACUAGACUGAUGCUGACUGGUUUCUUCUUGCUGCUCAUAUUUGUAUUUACUGUUGUUUGGCAUAAAAUGUCGCUGAGCAGAAAUCUGCCGAAAGUUGUGUUUGCGACCAUUUUGUCGCCAUUCUUGGCCGCAGCAACUGCGUUUGGGAUUCUAUCGUGGCUACGUUUCACAUUCUAUGCGAUCAUGUGCGUCACACCAUUUCUCAUCCUUGGAAUUGGUAAUCAUUCACUUCGCAUUCGCAUUCGCAUCUCUUUGAUAAUCUCUACUAAACAAUCUCAGUGCAUCCUUCAAGACGGCGAAAACGAGAAUUGUGUUGAUGAUGCCUUCAUAAUGCUCCAAUCGUGGACACAGUAUCGCACAAUCAGAUGCAAAAAGGAGCGUUUAGCGAAAGUUUUCAUUGAGAUAGGUCCAUCAAUUAGCAUCACAUCGUUGACGAAUUGCAUCGCAUUCGGUAUCGGCUAUUUCACACCUACACCUCAGAUGAGUAUGUUCUGUUUGUGCACCUCGGUGGCAUGCUUCCUCGAUUAUAUUCUAACAUUCACAUUGUUUGCACCGAUUCUCUUGUUGAGUGACGACGAGGCGAGUAACAAAUAUAUGAGUGCCGAGAAAUUAUCAUUUCAACAACAGCUUGCAAAACACCCGAAUAUUUUCGAAAUUUUUGUUCCAAUGUUAGACAAUCAAACUGUGAAAUGA